CUGCCUGAGACCCUGACUUGGGAGGCCCCGGAGGAACAGCUGCUUUGGGGAACAUGUGAGGAGGUCAUGGCCGGAGGCAGGGGGCUGGGGCUUGCUUGAGGGGCACGAAGUGCCAUGGGACAAGUCAAGGGAUGAUAUGGGCCAUGCGGGAAUGGGGUGGGAGGACCCCACUGAGGAGUCUGGCAGGCCAUGGGACAGACACGUGGGAGAGGCGCUGCCCCACAUCUACCCCCCACAGCCGAUGCAGACGAUGACUUUGGUGACAUCUUCAUGGAGGACCAGCCUGUCCGGACCUUGUUCCCUGAGAGUUGGCUCUGGAAGAAGUUUACACUGCCAAAAAGUAAGUCAGGCCUCUCCUACAACAGCACCCUUGUGACUGUGCCAGAUUCCAUCACCACGUGGCAGUUUGUGGCUGUCAGCCUCAAGGCUGGACAAGGUCUUUGCGUCUCAGAUCCCUCUGAGCUGACAGUUAUGAAAUCGUUCUUGGUGGAUCUCAAGUUGCCCUCCUCCGUAGUCAGGGAUGAGCAGGUCCAGAUCCAAGCCGUGCUGUACAAUUUCAGGAGCCGCCAGGUCAAGCACAUCAGUGUCAGGCUUGAGACUGGCAAAGUGGACGUGGAGGCCAGGGUUGUGGGCUAUGGGGUCGAGGACCACGUGAAGAAGACACUCCUGGUCAAGGUUUGUGGGUGGAGGCAUGUGGGAUCCUGGGGCCACACCAGGAUGGAGGGAAGGGCUGAAAGACAGGACUUUUUGAGCAAGGUGCCCAAUACAGAGGCAGAAAUGUUUGUCAGUGUCCAAGGUUACACCCGGAUGCUGACCCACCGGAGUGCAGACGGCACCUACCACACCAGCAAGGGAAACCCGGGAGGCACCUGGCUCACGAGCUACGUGUUCCGGGUCUUUGCCCUGCUCUACUCCACCAUGACAACCCGGUCUCUCUGUGCCACUGACAACUGGAUCAUCACCCAGAGGCAGGCGGAAGAUGGGCACUUCUUGGGGAAGGGCCCUGUAAUCGUGACACUGGGGAUCAUGGGUGUGAUCCUGCGUCCACAGGAUGGCUACCGAGGCUCUGAAGCAGACAUAUCUCUCACAGCUCUUGUCCUGAUUGCCCCAGAUGAGGGAAAGGAACUGUGCAGCCGAAAGAUACAGAAUUUGACUGCCAGCAUGGAGCGAGCCCGUAACUUCCUGGAGAAAUGGCUUCCCCAAAUUCAGACAACCUUUGCAGUAGCCAUAGUCUCCUAUGCUCUGGCCCUCACUGAGAGCCCCCGAGCCAAUGAUCGCCUGGACAGCUUUGCCAGCCGUAGUGAGUGUGGGCCACUUCUUAAUCAACUCGUCCCUGUCUCCUAG